AUGUCUUCUUCAUACCACAUCCCUGGUAUCCCCGUCAUCCCGAACGACCGUGCGGCCCGAAGGCGCAACGGACCUCCGUUCAACCCCUUCCCUCACAAGGUGAGCUUCAAGCCCACUGAGUCCACUCGUUCCACCUCUGUUAGUUCUUCUGUUGUGCGCAAUGAGUCUUUCUCUUCCGUCGGUUCUUCUGCCCUUCGUUCUGCUGUUCGUCCCUCUGGGAUCUCAAACACUCGUUCGGCUUCUGCCACUUCUUCUGUUAUACGUAAUCAGUCGUUCUCUGCUGCUGGCUCGUCUGUCGUUCGUUCUGCCCUUCGUCCCUCUGGGACUUCAGACUCUCGUUCUUCCUCUACCUCGUCUUCGUCUGGGCGGCUUUCCUCUUCCGUUUCUUCUCGUUCUGAUUCUGGGCGUUCUGGGCGUUCUGUUUCUUCUCGUUCUGCUGUUGUUUCUGCUUCUUCUGCUUCUUCUGCUUCUUCGUCUGUUUCUUCUUCUGCUCGGUUUGCUGCUUCCUCACGUUCUUUAGUUCCUCGUGAGCGCACCGCUCUCUCGACUCGUGGCGUUACCACGUCCCUUCGUUCAACCGCCGCCUGCCUCCCUCGUUCGACAGAACCCGCGGCGGCAAUAGGUUCUCGUGCCACAGGCACAUCCACUCGUUCCGGUCCCUUCGAGUCGACUGGCUAUUUCCGCGGCAGCGCCAAAGCUGUCCUCGCUCGUCUCAACGCCAAGUACCCUGGACGAUUCGCGGGAUCUCGCGGUCCGCCUUCAGCCCCCGUGCUGAAAAGCGCCAUGAGAAAGCCCGGAACCAGGAAGUCCGAGAAGCGAGUCCAGUUUUCCGGCGGCCACGUCAAGAUAGUCGAUCGAUGGAUCGUUCCCGGUGUCGACACCUACCGAGACCAUACCCCAAGCUUGCUUGGCAAACUUGGUGGAUGGAAAGUCACUCCUUUACCGGCACCCGAUAACGACGGAGAGACCGACAAAUAUAUCGAAUACUGGUGUACCUCGCUCACCCAGUUACGCUCUCAUUCAGGUCGCCCCUGCGAACGGAGCUGCGCGUACUCCCAACUAGGUCAGGUUCAGCGAGAGCUGAACCGUCGCAACGGUAUUACCGACGACGACGACCCUCGAGACAUUCCUUCGAUAGAAUCUCGGACGAGAAGUCCAUUACAUUGUUGCACGCUCUUUUGGGUUUGGGUCGGUUCACGAUUUUAUGGUCUUGCCACAUUGAGUUCGCAUUUUAACAUUCAAUUCCGGUUCAACGAUUUUUGCAAAGGUUCCAACAACCUUGCGGGGCGGUGGGCGAUUCCGAAUAGCUAUGGCUCCUCAUUUUUGCGAGAGCUCGUAAGCUCCGGGUGGGUGGCGGGAAUAUUUUUCUACUUCGCUGUACUCGGAGCGUUAUUUCGAAGAGGGUGGGUGGGUGGCAUUCCGGUUCUCACAGUCCUUGCUAUUUGCGAUUAG